UGCAUUGUAUUGAAAUUGCAAGUGAUCGAAUUUUGAGCGUUUUGAAGAGAAACCUUGUUUGUCAAGGCACUCUUUGGAUUCUUUAGAUCAAACAACCAACAUGGAGCUUCACAACCCUUUUUCUAAUAUCAUCUUCAUGCUCUCCUUUCUCAUCCUCUUAGUGCUAUUCAAAAUAGUUAAAAGAUGGAGUUUUAACAAUUCCACUACCAAAUUGCCACCUGGACCAUGGGAACUACCCCUCAUAGGAAACUUACAUCAGAUUAUCAGCAGAUCAUUGCCCCAUCACCGCUUCAAAAUUUUGGCUGAUAAAUAUGGACCUUUAAUGCACCUUAAACUAGGAGAGGUACCAUACAUAAUAGUUAGUUCACCAGAAAUUGCCAAAGAGAUUAUGAAAACACAUGACCUUACCUUUAGUGAUAGGCCAAACCUUCUUUUGGCCACAAUAUUAACUUACAAUGCUACUGAUGUUAUAUUCUCUAAAUAUGGAGAACGGUGGAGGCAACUACGAAAGAUAUGUGUUGUAGAGCUAUUAAGUGCAAAGCGUGUCCAAUCAUUUAGGUCCACAAGAGAAGAUGAAGUAUCAAAUCUUGCUACAUCAAUAACUGCAAGUGAAGGAUCAAUUGUUAAUCUCACUCAUAAGAUUUUCUCAAUGACAUAUGGGAUAACAACGCGGGCGGCUUUUGGCAAAAGGAGCAAACACCAGCAAUCGUUUAAAUCAGCAGUAGAGGAAAUAGUAAGUUUGUUGGGAGGCAUUUGUAUUGUUGAUUUGUAUCCUUCUAUUAAAUUGCUUCAAUGCGUGAGUAGGGCGAAGGCCAAAAUGGAAAAACUUCACAAAGAGAUUGAUAUGAUAUUGCAAGACAUUAUCGACGAUCACAAAAGCAUUCACAAGGAAGAUAGCAAUGAAGAAUAUCUAGUAGAUGUUCUUCUCAAGAUUCAACAGGAAAAUUAUCACUCACAACAUCCUUUAACCGAUGACAAUAUAAAGUCAAUCAUCCAGGACAUAUUCGAUGCUGGUACCGAAACAUCGUCAACGACUGUGUUAUGGGCGAUAUCUGAGAUGGUAAAGAAUCCAAAGGUGAUGGAAGAAGCACAAGCUGAGGUAAGAAGAGUUUUUGAUAGGAAGGGGUUUGUGGAUGAGACAGAGUUGCACCAAUUGAUAUACUUAAAAUCUGUGAUCAAGGAAACAAUGAGGCUACAUCCAACCGUACCGUUGUUACUUCCAAGAGAAAGUAGGGAGAGAUGCCAAAUCAAUGGGUAUGAAAUCCCAGCUAAGACAAGGGUCAUGGUUAAUGCUUGGGCUAUUGGAAGAGAUCCAAGGUAUUGGGUUGAUGCUGAAAGUUUUAAACCUGAGAGGUUUGUUAAUAGUCCAAUUGAUUUCAAAGGCACAGACUUUGAAUACAUACCAUUUGGUGCUGGAAGAAGGAUGUGUCCCGGAAUUGCAUUUGCCUUACCCAACGUUGAAUUGCCUCUUGCUAGUUUACUUUACCACUUUGAUUGGAAGCUUCCCAAUAAAAUGAAGAAUGAAGAACUAGAUAUGACCGAGUCAUUUGGGAUUACUGCAGGUAGAAAGCACAAUCUAUGCUUAAUUCCUAUUACUCGUCGUCUUUAAUAUGUAUUGUCUAAGCAAACAAGUUCAGAAACGACGUUCCUAAUAAAAUUUGUAUUGGUUAUCUUUACGUAUAGGUUCACUAUAUGUUGUCUAAAAUUUGUGUAUGAUAUUUGUUCCACAAACAAAUAUAGAAUUUAUGUUGAAAGGAA